AAGGUCAUGUUCCAUUUCAUCCUGAGACACACAACUGACUCACUCUCCUGGUGUCUCUGAAGAAAUCAGUGAUCUGUUCUAACUCUUUCUGUUCUUAGGGAAGGACACAUUUUGUGUGGUGCUCUUUUAGCCACUUACCUGCUUUGAGUUUCUCCAGUGACCAGCAGUGAAGGGAAAAUAUUAGAUCAUGUCGGAGUUCUGGUUAAUUUCUGCCCCAGGAGACAAAACAAAUCUGCAGGCAUGGGAGAGAAUGAACACUGUGACAUCUAAAUCCAACCUGUCCAGCAACAGUAAAUUCCAUAUUCCAGACUUAAAGGUGGGGACACUGGAUGCUCUUGUUGGUCUGUCAGAUGAGUUGGGAAAACUUGAUACCUUUGCUGAAAGCGUAAUAAAGAAAAUAGCCCAGUACAUAGGAGAAGUUAUGGAGGACUCAAAAGAUAAAGUCCAGGAAAAUCUUCUGGCCAAUGGAGUUGACCUAAUUAGCUACUUGACACGGUUUGAGUGGGACAUGGCCAAAUACCCCAUAAAGCAGCCACUGAAGAAUAUAUCAGAAGCAUUAGCAAAGCAAGUGACUCAAAUAGAAACAGACCUGAAGACCCGAUCAGCUGCGUACAACAACAUUAAAGGAAAUUUGCAAAGCCUGGAGAAGAAAACUAUGGGAAAUCUGCUGACCCGGACCCUGGCAGACAUUGUGCACAAAGAAGACUUUGUUCUGAACUCCGAGUAUCUCAUCACGCUGCUCGUCGUGGUGCCAAAGUCAAGCUACGUACAGUGGCAGAAGACCUAUGAAUCACUCUCAGAGAUGGUAGUACCUCGCUCCACCAAAAUGAUUGCUGAGGAUGCAGAGGGAGGACUCUUCACUGUGACCCUAUUUAGAAAAGUGAUGGAUGACUUUAAGGCCAAAGCCAGGGAGAACAGGUUCAUGGUUCGAGAAUUUUAUUAUGAUGAGAAGGAACUGAAAUGCGAAAAGGAAGAGCUGAUGAAAUUAGCUUCUGACAAGAAACAACAAUAUGUACGGCCUCCCUGUGAAUUUCCAAGCAAUGCUGCUGCAGCCAAACAGGAAGUCUGUGAAGCGCCUGAGAGAUGUCCUGAACGUGGUCUUCAAACAUCUGGAUGAAGUUGCAGCAGCAAGUAUAAUGGAUCCUGGCAUGGACAUCCCUGGGUUACAACUGAGCAAUCAAGAAUAUUAUCCUUAUGUCUAUUUCAAGAUUGACCUCAGUCUUCUUGACUGCAGUUAAAGAAGAAUUGCUCAAGCUUCAUCUAUUAAUUUUCAAGACUGUCAUGUUACUGUAAGACAAUCUUUAGCUGCUGAAAGUCAAAUUAAAAUGCAGAUACUGUAGCAGGAUGAUCUUCCUACCACUUCUAGUAAUUUUUUACAGUGACUACAAUAAAAGUAAUCUCUUAUUCAUAGUUUUACAAAAACAUAUUUCAGAGGCAGAGGUACUAUGGUAGUAUUUAUUUUUUUUGGUAAAUUACAAAGAUGGAAUAUCUACUGGACUUGAAAUAAAGCAAUUUAAAAAAUA